AUGGAUCAAGGAUCAGUAUUUACUGGUCGGAAAAUGCAGGAAUUCGCCAUGGAAAUAGAUUUCAAAUUGUUAGCGUCAACACCCUAUUAUGCUCAGGCCAAUGGACAAGUCGAAGCUGCCAAUAAGGUGAUCAUUGAUUUGAUUAAAAAACAUGUAGGGAAGAAGCCUAAGAAUUGUUACAAGACUCUAGACCAAAUUUUAUGGGCAUGUCGUACGUUUCCUAAAGAGGCUACCAAGUCGACCCCCUUUCGCCUAACUUUUGGCCAUGAUGUUGUCUUGCCAGUAGAAAUCCACCUACAAUCCCUAAGGAUUCAGAGACAACAUGAACUCACAACGGAAUCAUAUUGGAGCAUGAUGUUGGAUGAAUUGGUCGAUUUGGACGAGGAAAGGUUAAGUGCCUUAGAAUUACUAAGGCAACAAAAGAAAAGGAUAGAAGUCUCUUAUAAUAAGAAAGUGAAAGUUAAAAGUUUUACGCCUGAAGAUUUGGUCUGGAAAGUGAUCCUUCCAAUGGAUCGAAAAGAUAGAGCCUUGGGGAAGUGGCCGCCAAAUUGGGAAGGUCCUUUCCAAAUUCUGUAG